AUUUCAAGCGCAAGUCUUGGUCUGUAAAGUAUGCAAACUUAGAUUUCUCUUAUGGGUGCACAUUUUUUAGUAGGAUGAAGCCAGGGUAGCCCAGUGACCUCCACAGGCUCUUCAGAAUCUUGGGCGUUACCAGAUACACAGGGCCCUUGAGCUUGUUAGACAAAGGCUGAUACAAAACAAGUGCAUCAAGACAGAAUUUAAAAACAACAGAUUAACUAAUAGUAGCCCAAAGACCAAUGCAUCUGUAACCACAUUUUUGUUUAUUUUUUAGUGUGUUUCCUUCAUGGUCUUUCUUGUGGCUCACCCUAUGCAGUUUGUGUACUUGUUGAGAGCUUUUUUUUUUUUUAAUCUGUCUCUGACAUUGUUUCUGCUGAACUCAGUUUUUCCGAGACCCUCUCUCCUCAUAGGCUCAGUUUUGGCCUGCCAGCCACAGUCCUCCAGUUUCCGUGGUAGAAGAGGCCUAGGCUGCUUCCUGUGGGCCCCCCGCUGGGCAGAAGCAUGCAGUGGUAUCUCUUCCUGAUUUGGGCACAGGGGCUGAGGCAGGCUCCCCUCCCCACCUCAGGAGCUGUGUCAGGCAGGAUAGUAACAAUGGGGAACGUUUCUGCAGAGGAAGGUGGCUCUGUCACCUUGCAAUGUCGCCUCUCCUCUACCACUGCCAAAGUGACACAGGUCAACUGGGAGCAGCAGGACCAACUUCUGGCCGUUCAUCAUGCUAACCUGGGGUGGUACCUCUGCCCAGCCUUCAGGGAGCGAGUGGUCCCCGGCCCCAACCUGGGCCUCACCCUGCAGUCGCUGACCAGGAAUGAUACAGGGGAGUACUUUUGUACCUAUCACACCUACCCCGAUGGGAUUUACAGAGGGACAGUCUUUCUGGAGGUCCUACAAAGCUCAGUGGCUGAGCGCAGCGCUGGGUUCCAGAUCCCACUGCUUGGAGCCAUGGCCAUAGUGCUGGCAGUCAUCUGCAUGGCAGUCAUCGUGGUGGUCACAUUGACCAGAAAGAAAUCUCUCAGAGCCCGUUCUUCGGAAAGUGGCCUCAGGAGAAUGCCGCGUGAACAGGAGGAAUGGAGUGCUGUCGUUCUGUCAUCUGCUGGAAGCUGCAUCCAGGCAGAGGCUGUGCCCGUGGUCUUCUGCACAGAGCGGAGGGGAGAUGACUGUGCCGAGCCACAUGAGUACUUCAACGUCCUGAGUUACAGGAGCCUUGGAAGCUUCAGCUUCCCAGCAGAGACCAGUUAGCUCCCAGAGGCAUCGUCUGGGAGAUACACUCCUGUCUCUGCUAUUACAGGUGGAUGAUGUACAAGGGUCUGAAGUCUCCAUUAUUGCUGCGUGUGUGGGUGUGUAUGUUUAGUUGAGUGAAUGAAUGUCAUUCUCUUCUCCACAUCUCCUCUGCCUUUCCCUUCCCUGGUGGCAGACCCAGAGUGAACAGUUUGUGUCUUGAUUAUGAAUGCAAAGUUAAAAAAAAUAACUUGACCUGGUUUGAGCGGAUCUUGUGGCUCUGAGAAAUGCAUUCCCAACAGGAGCAUUGGGCAGGGCUUUGGGCUGCAGUUUUGUGAGGGAUGAUGAUGAUGAUAUGAUCAUCUCAUUUGUCAUGGUCAUUUUCAUCAACAUUCACACAUUCAAGGCAUUUUAUGAACAAGGCAUGACAUGGGCAUGGGCUUCCAUGGGGCGAUUUGGGCAUGACUAACCCACCCUCUCAGGUCUCAGCCCUUAUAAACCUUAAAGUUAAAUGGGGUGAUGACAUUUGCAUUAAAGGUAGUAAGAAGACAGGGAGACAAGACAUGCGUCUUUGGGAAGAGAUGUGGUGCAGGCUGAGGUGGUCAGGAUAGGCUUUGUCUGGGGCAAAGUCCUGGGAGGAUGGAAGGAACAGUGAGGCUUAUGUGGUCAGAGCAGGAAUUUUGUCCAGGGAGGUCAGAGAAACCGAACAGAACUACUGAAAUUCCCACAUGAAGAUCCUGGCACCAAGGGAGCCAACAGGGCUUCAGAUUUUACUCCCUGAGAAGCUAAUUCAAGUCUCCUUUUGCUGGGUGUGCUUGGAGUCCAGGGAUGGGCUGCAGCAGGGGACCCCAGGUCUUCCAGCUGCCUGCUGGGGGGGCGGGGGGGCUGCAGCUUAGCCCCUGGCCAGGAUCCACCUUUUCUCUGUCAAUCCACCACGGAUUGACAGUGAGGAAAGAAUCUGUGUCCACCAAAAGGAAAACCUGGAUUUUUAAAACAGGGACUCUUCCUAGGGGGGAGAAAAAAGAGUGAUUGAGGGUUUAAAAAUGAACACCCUCCCACUAGCUGCUCUGAACCCUUAAAUUCACCCUCUGACCUCUUUGUGCUGGGCUUUGGGUGGCAUCUAAGUGCGAGUUUCUGUUUAGCUGACAAUCAGGCCUUUAUCCUGCCAUCACCUCUCUUAUAGGAUUGAGGGGGAAUGCUGGGCACGGAGGUGACAGAUUUUCUUUCAUGGGCACAGGAAAUGAGAGAGGAUGUGAAGCAAGGCUGUCAUUUGCCAACAGCUGAAGUGAAGUAUUGCUCUGCUCCCUAAGUAGGCAGGCUGAGCAGAAGAAAAUUCAACUCCUACUCCUUGGAUUUGUAUUUUUAUUUUUCUCGCUUCUCUACCAAAUAGGUAUGUACUUAGGAGCAACGAGCCCAAAUCUGUCCGGACUGCUGAGUCCUUUGGAAGACAGACAGAUGCAUGUCAAAUGCUGUUCUGGGCCAUGGCAGCCCAGCACAUUCUUCUUGCCGAACUAGUGCAAACGGCUUGGGAGUAGAAUACCAUUCACGAAUUGGAAAUGAACUAAAACAUACUGACAAAAGGGAGCUGCAGUUUGCAUUGGAGGAGACAUAUAUUGAGGUCAAGGCUGGACUGAGCGUUGGGUGUUAUUUAACAUGAUUAUAGUGACAGGGAAAUAUCUACAAAUACCAUUUGGAUGGAAAUAAAAAUACAAAAGAACCCAUAGAUGCUAUAAAUGGGCCAGGUUGCUAAAAUGAGAUUGAAUUAGACAGAAAAUAAAUUUUCAAGUGGAAUUCACUGAACUAGAUUUUCCUUGGAGAACCAGAGAAGACAAUUCCCUAAAAGCCAGAUUCCUGGACAGGUGUCCUGUCCGGUGCGGUAGCCGUUCUCCACAGGUAGCUGUCGAGCAGGUGAGAUGUCAUAGUCUGAAUUGAGAUGUACUGCGCUGUAAGUGUAAAAUGCACACUAGAUUUUGAAGGCUGGUUGUGUGUAAUAAAAACAGAAACUAUCAGUUUAGUAAUCUAAACAUAUUCAUGACAUGUCAGAAUGAUAGGAUUUUGGAUAUUUUGGAUUAAAAUAUGUUAUUAAAAUUAA